AUGGCAGCCGACGCUUCACAAGACGUUCCUAUGGACAUGUCUCCUCCUGCGCCGCCCACCGACGAGCCCAUGUACGGCGGCUACUCGCGCUUCGAGAUUGAACUAGAGUUCGUCCAAUCCCUCGCAAAUCCCUUCUAUCUCAACCACCUCGCCUCCCAGAAACUCCUCACGCAGCCGGCCUUUGUCGCCUACCUUGCCUACCUGCAGUACUGGACGAAGCCGCCAUAUCUCAAAUACCUGACGUACCCGGGCCCGACGCUCAAGCACCUUGAGCUCCUCCAGGAAGAGCGGUUUCGACAAGAUAUUAUGAGCCCCGACCUGGUGCAGAAGUUGGUAGAGGACGAGAUGAAGGCUUCUGUGCAAUGGCACCGGGAGUGA